AGUGAUUGCUAAUGAAUUAGGAGCAUGCCGAAACAAAGUAAAGAUGAUAGUGAAAAGAUUAACGUCCGUGAACGGCUUACGGACAACCAGCUGGAUCUGAGUCUGAUGAACAUUUCCACCGUCCCAGUGAAUGAAAUCAAAGCCUUGCGCAGGGCCACGAUCUUGGAUUUGUCCAACAACCGAAUCGGGGCUAUCAAAAGUGAUUUCCUAGCGCUCACGCAGCUGACCCAGCUGGACUUGUCCAAAAACCGAAUCACUUCGAUCUGUGACGAUUUCGGGCAACUUACCAACCUACGACGGCUCGAUUUAUACAACAAUCAAAUCACCCGAUUGCCGCUCUCGUUCGGGCGGCUAAAGAACCUUAAGUAUUUGGAUCUGAAGAACAAUCCGCUGCAUCCGGAAUUCGGCAAAAAAAUCGGCACCUUCAGCGAUACUUCCGAUUGUCUGGGGGCAGCCGUCCGUGCCGUUGAGUUGAUGAAAACCAUCGAACAGAUGAUGAUCAGUGAUUGCAUGGGAGAGAUUGAACUGCGCGACAGUGCGAAACAGCUGAAACAGGACGCCGACACCGGUGUUGCUGGGAAAUCGAAACGGAAAAGAAAGCACCUGACUGGGGCCGAAUCGGAACAAAUGGUGCAGGCCCUAACGAAGGAUCUCGAUACUGACAAGACUGCUGAGAAACGUAAGCGCCAGCAGCAGGGCGAGACCAAUCCCUCCAAAGGGGCCCGGGCAACGUUCUUGUUGGCCAUCGGUUUGGUGCUACUACUGGCGUUUGUGGUGGCUUUCUUUUCCACACAUUCCGGUGCGGUGCAAUUUUUCUGGGAGAAGAUGUUCGACGGUCCGAACGAAAACCGUGUGCAUGAGGAGUACAUAAAAUAAUUUGUAAGAGAAAAUAUACUAUAU